AGUUCCUUUAUAGCCUUCAGGAAGAACACAGAAUACCUCAGUGUCUUAUCUGCCGGGAGGCAUCUGUCUCACCCCCAGAGAGGUCUUCACCAACAGGUCAAUAAAGGAAGCGCGUCAGCUGGGUGGCUGUGGUUGGGAAGAAGAGGUGAACAAGCUCGGCACGGUCCGUGGAGGUGUCGGCCUCGCUCCCCACGGCCUUCUCUGUUUCAGACUUGACAAAAUGUCUUUCUUCUCAUCAUGGAUGAAAGCUAUUUUCAUCAUUGUCUUGCUGUUUCCUCCACAUUCUGAAACUGCUUUAUUAUCACCAGGAACGGCACCAGACUGUCACGUGUAUAAAGAUCGAUUGCAUUUAUGCAACAGAGAAAGGAAGCUGAUCUGCGCAACCAAUGGCCAGACUUAUCGCAAUCCAUGCAUUUUCUGCAGGGAAAGGAUCGCUUCUCGUGGAAGAUUUGAUUUUACUCGUUAUGGUGCAUGCUGACUCUGCUAGAGCUACACGUUCCUAUGCCUUUUAUUGCAAUCCCAUUUUGUGGUGGAUUCUACAAGCAAUUAGAGUCUUCUCAAUCAGAACUUUAAAUUACCAGAUGACCAAAGAAAGCCUGCUGUUGCAUACAGGAUGGACUGUAGGAUGUUGAAGAAUAUUUCUAAUUCUAAGAAUCUGUGAUUGAAAGAUUUUUAUCCUCUAUGUUGAUUUAUCAGUGGCAGUUGAAAAACUAUCUUUCAUUUUAUUUGAUAAUAUAAAGCCUAAUGUAAUUUACAACCACAAAUAUUUUAAUCAAUAGAAGUUACAUAAUAGCAUCUUUCUUAAAAUACCGUUUCUUUCUUUGGUAGGUUACCGGGUGCAGCACACAAAUACUUUUGGUAAUAAUAUUAAAGAAAUAUUUUCAAAGAUGAACACAUAAUGCA